GGCGUAACAACAGGUAGCUCAAUUUCGAUAUUCGAUGGAUCGACUCGAGCGAUGGCGAUGUCGAUUUCGAUAACUAACCGGCUGAGGAGGGGGGGCCAAGCAGAGAAGCCACUAAUGGCGGCGUUUAACUCUUCGCAUUUGAAAUUAGUACUUUAGUUAUGUAUAUCGAGGCCCUCGAAUCGCACCGAGUUUCAAAUAAAACGGGAAACAACGGCUCGUCGCGUUAGCGUGGUGAGCUAAGCUUGGCCCCGGGGCUAAGCUCGCGAUUCUUCGCGCCUCGAACCUCUGACGACAGUCGGUGUCGGUGUCGUUGCGUGCGGGGUUAACCUAUUCAGGCUAGUCCUUCGCCCUCGAACAAUGACAAUGAAUGAGGAUUUCAACUUCGCCGAACUCUGUCGGCUCUGCUCGUUGAAAAGUAACAACCAUCUCCAGAUAUUCGACAAGGAGGGCGAGCAGCGGCAGCUCCUCUUCAAAAUUCGUUCCUGCAUACCAGCUGUGAUUACCAAAGAAGAUGCUCUCCCAAAAAAUAUCUGCCAGCGGUGCCUCUACAAAUUGGACAUGUUCUACGAGUUCAGAGCAAGCUGCAUGACGACUGACACUGUGCUAAAGAAUUAUGCAGAUAGUUUAAAACAGCUAGCCGCUUCAGUCAACAACCAGGUAUCAGAAAAAGACAAAAUGUCCGGUGGUAGUCAGCAGCAACAGCAACGUACGGCGUAUGUUGAAGCCCAUGCGGUUGCUCAUGCUGCAGUUCAACAGCACAUGGCGCAGCAAGCAGCCCAAGCAAGACUCGCCGGUCCAGGUCCUCCUGCUGCUCCUCAGCCACCAAAUCCCACGUUCACCAUCCCAGAUGAUGGACUGGGAUACGACGACGGUGUCCGAGUCCUCCGCUCCAUUGGAACCUGGUCACCAGAUUAUUCUGCAGCAAUGCGACCUGGAGGCGUAAUGCCAGCAUUUCCUACAGCCACUGAGCAACAGUUCUCUAGAGGACCAACGGUCACUCAGGCCCCACGUCCGAGACCAGGCUAUGCAUCUAAAGCCACAAAUACAGGAGAGCCUACAGUCAAAGCGUUUGCUUGCACAGUUUGCGGCAAGGGUCUUGCUCGUAAAGACAAACUGGUUAUACACAUGCGUAUACACACUGGUGAGAAACCAUAUUCCUGCGAAGUUUGCGGCAAAGCAUUUGCGAGACGAGACAAGUUAGUUAUACACAUGAAUAAACUGAGACAUAGACCGGGUGUGACUCCUCUUUCAACUCCAACUGCACCGAACUCGGAUCAGCAGCAACAGCAGCAACAACAACAGCAGCAGCAACAACAGCAACAGCAGCAACAACAGCAGCAACAACAACAGCAUCAAAAUCGUCAGGAUUCUAUUCAAAAACCAAAAAUUGAACCUGUCAGUUGGGCUUGUGAACUUUGCGGAAGGGCUCAUGCAACCAGAGAGGAAUGGAUGCAGCAUGCAAGAUCUCAUCUUGAGGCUUCAGCACCACCACAGCACGCCGCGCCAUAUUUUCCUGCCAGUGCUGCGCCACCGCAACCUUAUGCAGCUGAACGAAAUUUCUGUCUGAUGUGCCGCACAGAUUUUACGGACAAAGCUGAAUUCAUGUUUCAUGUUCGCUCGCAUUUUGAGCCUCAUUCACAACCGACUCCAUCCCAGCAUUCGAGUGGUAAGCAGGGUGCAGACUCUGCUACCGCUGAACUGAUCGCCCGUGGCUUAGUCGACCCCUCGGGCCUCUGUAGCUAGAACCACACCACCUACCAUUGCCAGUCGUCGAUUCGUGUCUUACCGUAGUGCAAACUUUCGACUCUACCGUUGGCGAUGUGACAUAUAGAUUGAUAUAACAUCACGCGGUAAUCGGUGAUCGAAACGUUAGUGCCUAUGUGUCAUGGAUUUAUUA